AGAACAAGCGGGACAUGGAUUCACGACCAAUCGUUGUGUUUUGCGCUGCAGAGAUUUUCUCGCAGUAUAUUUUGUGUGUUUGUGCGUGUUUAUGAUAUGAGAGUGCGAGCAAGUUUUUGGGUGAAUGAGUGAGUGUGUGGGUGUAAGUGUGUGUCUAUGAGUGGGUGAAUGACUGAGUAACUGCCUGUGUGAGAUUGAAUGUGAGAGUGAGUAUGAGAGAGGCAUGCUGGUGCGUACAUGCGAGUGAGAGAGUGCGUGACUCGUGUGUGUGUGUGUGUGUGUGUGUGUUAAAGUCCGUGCAAAUGGGUGAGUGAGUGAGUAAAUGGGUGAGUGAGUUUGUGUGUGUGUGGGAUUGUCGUGAAACCAGUCUUGCAGGGUUCACACUGGUUUUCUUCUAUCGUCAUACCAGUUUCCCUGCCCUCACUUCAAUUACCUGCUGGUUGGCCGACGACACACACACAUUUUUAUGCUCCUACUUUGCAUUUAAAUGUAUUUUUCAAAAUAUAUACUUUUUUAUAUUUAAGAGAAACUCUUUGCCAAGCUUUUUUUUUUUAUUACUUUUUUAUUUUAAAGGGAUGUGAAUCAAGGACUAGUUUCUGAGCCGUUUGUCCUGGAUUUUUAGACAAGGAUUUUCUGACUGGAUUAAAAACCAUUUAAAAGGACACAUUUUUGUUGUUGUUGUUGUUGUUGUUACUGCACGUGCUUGAGACAAGUGGAUUAGAUUUUACAUCACAGGAGCAGCGAGAUGAGCAAAACCAAGAACAAAAGCGAGAACAGGACGGAAAAAGUUCUGGCGGCGGAGAAGGAACAGUUUGGAAAACAACAGUUGCAGUACAUCAGCAAGUGUCUGACCUCGGCUGAAGCGCCACCCAAAUCCAAAUAUGUGCGCAACAUCCUCCUGGGUAGUCACAAGGAGCGCGGCGCGGCCACCAUGUGGUCGUACAUCCUCAACCUGCCGCUGUCCAGCAACGCCAUCAUGAGCUGGAAGUUCUGCUACCUGCUGCACAAAGUGCUGCGCGACGGACAUCGCAACGCUGUGAGGGACUCGCACAGAUACUGUCGCAAUGUGAAGGACAUGGGCGCCUUGUGGGGCAACCUGCACGAUCGCUACGGCCACAUCGUCGCCUUGUCGACCAAAUUCCUCUGCCUCAAAAUGGAGUUUCACGCUCAGCACAAAGCCAUUCCCGGCAACCUGGAGGCCUCCGACGAGACUUUGGAGCGAGAAGCCGGAAGCGACAUGAACAGAGUGCUGGAUAUGACACAGGAGCUGUUGGAAUACUUAGACGCUGGACUCAAGAUGGCUGAAACUGUUCUCCGUCAGAUGGACACCAACGGAGCCAAACCCAACUCGCCGGCGGGACAGUGCCGCCUCUUGCCUCUGAUCCCGCUCAUCCCCGACUGCAGCUUUCUGUACCACUUCUGCGUCCGCCUGUUCUUCAAACUCCACACCCGCAUUGCGGCGGAUGUUCUUCUCGGCCACAGAGACAGAUUCCGGGAGCUAUUUAACAGCCUCAAGCAGUUCUUCAACAGAGCCAGAGAGAUUGAGUUCUUCAAAACCAUCAUCCAGAUACCAGAACUCCCAGAUGCGCCUCCAAACUUCCUGCGUGCAGCUGCCUUGGCAGAGUACAAGAGGCCGGUGGUGGUGAUUGCAAACGAGGAGCGCUUUGAUGACGACGAACCCGAGCCACAAACCGACUCACGGGACUUGGAGCAGUAUUACCUGCUGAGUCAGAUGGGUGUGCCUGAUGCGGACCAGAGCGGUCAGCACAAUGAGAACGAGAGCCUGAGGAGAGAACUGGACCUCCUGAAACCAGAACUUCAACUCAUCAAAUCUGAGGCUCAGCGGUGCGUGACGGAGCUCCGGGCUCAAGUAAACCACCUUGAGGCGGAGGUGGAGGAGCAGCGCACCCACAAGCAGAUGGCGCACGUGGAGAACGAGCACCUACGCAUGGAGGUGGAAGCGGUGCGCUCUGCCAACGUAGCCAAUAUGGGCGCUCAGAUCGGAUUCAAGGAGGCCGACGGUCGAGCACAGGCAGCCGAGUUUCGAUUCAGUCAACUCAAAGAGAAACAUGCUGAGCUGGUCACCAGUCAUGCCGACCUAAUGAAGCGGAACGCAGAGACGAACAAGCAGCUGGCUCACACCAAACAAGACCAAGAUGAGAUGUGCAGGACCAAACAGAAGCUGGAGAGCGAGCUGGAGAACCUGCGUCGGGGGAAAACCAACUUGAUGCACCAGCGGCAGAACGAGGCGGACAGGCUGAAUAAAGAACUCCUGGAGCAAAGAGCCGAGUUGGCGCUCCUUCGCAGCACCCUGGAGAGCAAGGAGAUGGAAGGCUCCCAGGCCAGCAGCAGCCUGGGCGCUCUGCAGGCGGAGCGCGACGCCCUGCUGCGCUCGGCCCAGGAGCGCGACUGUGACCUGUCGUCACUGAGGCAACAACAGAGCACCGCCGACCUGGAGAGGGAUCGCCUGAGCCGGGAGUUAGAGGCGCUCAGGGCGCAGCUGCAGCAGCAGUUCAACAUCAACGCUCAGCAGAAGUUGGAGAUUGACAGGCUGCGGCGCGAGUUGGACACCACCCGAGCCGAGCUGGCGCGUGCCAACAGCAACCUGCAGAGCAAAGAGCUGAGCGGUUCGCAGCUGAGCAGCACGCUGGCGGGGCUUCAGGCGGAGAAGGAGACGAUGCUGCGGUCGGUGCGGGAGCAGGAGGCCGAGCUGGGCUCCCUCCGGCAGCGGGCGCAGCUACAGCAGAGCUCUCUGGAGCAGGAACGGCAGCGCAGCAGCAUGGAGCUGGGAACGCUGCACGCACAGCUACAACAGCAGGCCAAUCGUGAAGCCGAGCUGGCUCACAAGCUGCAGGAGGAGCAGUUCUGCCUGCUGCAGUGCGCCGUGGUGGAAGCGGAGGGCAUCGUCCUGGAUGCCGUUGCCAAACUGGACGACCCAAUCCACGUGCGCUGCAUCUGCUCGCCCGAUUAUUUGGUGAAUCGGGCCGAGACCACUUUGGUGUCGGUGGACAAAAUGCAGCAGAGUCAUGUCAUCUAUCUGGCAAACAUGAAUGACGCCAGCGGCCUGCUUCGGGCUGUCACUCAGUUCUCCCACUUGGCCGCCGACACCAUUGUAAACGGCGGUGCCACGUCGCACUCGUCCCCCACCGAUCAGGCCGACCGUUUGACUGACAGCUGUCGGGACUGUGCCAAUAACUGCCUUCAGUUCUUGAAGGACUUGAAGCUGCAGGCCAGCUUGCAGAGAGCCGACCCCACUGCCAUACGUUACGCCAUCCAGCGCAUCCUCGCCUUGGGACAGGAGCUGCGUCCCAAGGGGCAGGACGUCCUCAAGGAGGAGCUGGGCAACAUGGUGGACAAGGAGAUGAUGGCCACCUCCACCGCCAUCGAGGAAGCCGUGCUGCGUAUGGACGAGAUCUUGUCGCAGGCCAGAAAGGACACGAGUGGCCUGAAGCUGGAAGUCAACCAGAGCAUCCUGGGCUCCUGCUCUGACCUCAUGAAGGCUGUUCACAUGCUGGUGACGUCCGCCACAGAUCUUCAAAAGGACAUCGUGGAAGGAGGGAGGGGAGCAGCUUCUGUCACAGAAUUCUACGCCAAAAAUUCCCGCUGGACAGAGGGGCUGAUCUCGGCCUCCAAGGCCGUGGGCUGGGGCGCCACGCAGCUGCUAGAGUCCGCCGACCGCGUGGUGGGCGACAACGGGACGUACGAGGAGCUCAUCGCGUGCUCCCACGAGAUUGCCGCCAGCACCGCCCAGUUGGUCGCCGCCUCCAAGGUGAAGGCGGAGCGCGGCAACAGGAAGCUGUCCACGCUGCAGCAGGCCUCGCGCCACGUCAACAACAUGGCCGCCGUGGUCGUCACCUCCACCAAACACGGCCAGAUGCAGAUCUCGGAGGAAGGAGUGAUGGACUUCUCUGGAAUGUCGCUCAUCAAGCUCAAAAAAGAAGAAAUGGAGGCUCAGGUGCGGGUGUUGCAGCUGGAAAGUCAGCUGGAUCAGGAGCGCGUCCGCCUGGGUGAGCUGAGGAAGCGCCACUAUGACUUGAGCGCCGUGCAGGACGGCGUCGGCUGCGACAUACUGGACGGUGACGAAAGCUUCCCACCGCCCCCGCCGCCCACUUUACUGGACGCCACCUCUUUCCCGCCACCGCCGCCGCCUGAGCCUCCCACUGUUCCCACCUUUGCAUCUACCAACCCUUUCGCACCUGCCGCAUCGCAGUCCUUCUCGCUGCCUCAAUCUUACACGCCAUCGCGGCCCUACGCGCCGUCUCAGCCCUACACAUCGUCUCAAUCUUACUCGCCAUCGCAACCUUACAUGUCGUCUCAGCCUUACACGCCGUCCCAAGCUUUCACCCCAAUCCCCAGCCAGAAUUACGGAAAUACUCAGUCCUUCUCCAGCCCGCCAAACUCCUCUGCGACACCCAGCCUCUCCCAGCGCCCCUCGCAGUCCCAGACCACAGACUCCAAGAGCACGGAAUCCGCAAAAUUCAACCUGAGGAAACCCAGCAUCUUCAGUAAAUCCGGAAACCUGUUUAGGAACGCGUUCAAACGAGGGGAAACUGGAGAGUCUUGAGGCCAGACUGAGGGCGACUCACAGAUAAUGAAGAUGUAACAUUUGAAUCUCAUUUAUGUGCGCCAACAUGUUUUUAUUCCAAAUUGAGCUGAAGAAGCAUGGAAAAAAAAUCUUUCGCCAUCUAGUGUUUUGGUAUUGAAACUGCACAUGCUAACUUUGACCCAUACACAGACAUUUUUGUAAUUGUUGAUAUAUAUCAUAUUUCUGCACAUUUUCUGUCCAGCUCUUGUCUGUGUUUUGAUGGAAUUCUGUUGCUUGAUUAAAUGCGUCAAAUACAAAUAAUAA